AUGCAUUUAAAAUGGGUUCUUUCUUUUUGUAUACCCUUUUUAUCUCUUUUUGGUAUUUUAAUACCACUUUUAAUGUUUUUUAGUUUGUUUAAAAUCAGAAACAAACUUAUUUAUAAAAGAGGUAAAAGUUUACUAGGCUUUUUAUACUAUGAGUAUAAACCUAAUGCGUAUUUUUGGGAAAUUGUUAAAAUCAUCACUAAAGAAUUAUUUAUUUUAGCCUUAAUUUAUUAUGAAGACUCUAUCAUAAUAAAAGGAUCCUUAAUCCAAAUUAUUCUUUUAUGUUACUGGUCUUUGAAUCUUAAAUAUUAACCAUUUAUAUCCACUAGAUUAAAUCUGCUAGAUUAUUAGACAACAAUUAUUUGCGAAGUUUCUAUCCUUAUUGGAAUUGCUUUAAAUAUUGGAUAAGAUUAGGAAUUUUUCAACAUUUCAGUUAUAUUCUUUUUUGCAUUACUUCUAAUAAAUAUAUUUAUGCUGUCUAAACUUUUACUCUAUAUUUUUAAUGCAUAUAUGAAUGAGAUGGAAAAUACAGUUGAUUUAAUUAAAUCUACAAUUUAGUAAAAUUUGCCAGAAAAAUUAAGGAGAAAUUAUUAUUGUUUAAGAAUAUUAAAAACAAAAUUUGAAAGCAGAUAAAGAGCUAAAAAAAAUUUUUUGAAAUUAAAAUUGGCUUAUAAAAAAUAUUUAGCAAAGAAAAAAUCAUCUCCUUUAGUUAUUUUAUAUAAUACGAUAAAUUCUUAAUAAAUUUCUUAACGAAUAAAGUAUAAGCAUUAAUAUAUUUAGCACUUUAACAGAACGAGAAAAUCAAUUGAGUUAAUAGAAUUUAAUCUCCUAAGUUAAAUCUUAAAUUUAAAGAUAUUGA